AUGCCCGAAAAUACUGCCAUCGCCAGCAUUUUCACGGCAAUCGUGUGUUUCAAGUUCAUAAUUCUUACUCUGGAAGCUAAGGAGAAAAGUAAUUUGAUCCGGCCCGAAUUCAAACAUCCUUCGCCAGAGCAGGCAGCGGGAAUACUCAAUCGGAGCUUCUUUUGGUGGUUCAAUCCUUUGCUGUUGACUGGGUCUAAGCAGAGACUGGCAGUAGAUGAUCUUUUCUUCAACGACGAUGGUCUUACAUUCGACGCAUGGCGUGAUAUAAUAACUCGUCGAUGGGCCAAGGCUGAUAUCUCAAAACCUCAUGCACUUCUCAAAGUUAUGCUAGCCACAUUCAAAGGGCUCCUUCUGGCUGGUAUUUUGCCUCGACUCUGCUUGACUGGCCCUGAGACAACCACGAGCAAUAAGGUAGCUUAUGGCUUGAUAGCAGCUUACGCUAUUGUCUACAUUGGUAUAGCAGUCAUGUCGACAAUGUCUCAACACAAGAAUUACCGUACCAUUGUCGCAAUCCGAGGUAGCGCUGUAUCUUUAAUAUAUCAGCAUACAUUGCGUUUGACUAGCUCUUCAACGUCGACUAGCUCCUCUUUGACAUUGAUCAACAACGAUGUCGAGCGCAUGGGUCAUGGAAUGAGAGAAGUACACGAGAUCUGGGCUAGCUUGAUUGAAAUCGCCCUGUCUCUUUGGCUACUUGAGGUAAGACUGGGGGUCUCGGUCGUUGCAGCUGUUUUCGUUAUAAUAGGUAAUAUAUGCACGCUUCUCGGUUGUGUAUUUGGGUUUGUGAAGAUGGGCCUGCUUUUGGGCGACCGCCAGAAGGUCUGGCUUGAAGCGAUCGAGAAACGCACCAGCUCGACAAUUGCAACACUCGGCUCAAUCAGAGGCAUCAAAUCAACAGGCGCAACGGAUAUCGUCCAAAGAAUUACAACGCGUUUGAGAUUGGAUGAAAUUCGGAUCUCUUUGAAAUACAGGGAACUUCUUGUCGGCAUUGUGACAUUGUCAUAUGUCUCAACUACAAUGGCUCCGGUGUUUGCCUUUGCAACAUACAGUAUCAUAUCCAACAGCAGAGGCACCACACCUUUAUUGGCAGCUUCUGCAUACACCUCGCUAACAAUAUUCUCGCUUCUCGGUCAGGCCGUCUCAAAAUGGAUCAGCUCUAGCGUGGAUAUUAUAACUACGAUCGCGUGUCUUGAGCGAGUGAGACAAUAUUUAGCAACCAACCUAAGAGUUGAUCCCAGAACAAUCGAAUCAUACAUUAAGCCCAUCGAUAGUUCUAAUUCGCCCAGAUUGCGUAAUUCAGAUAUUUCCCAAACAGAAAUGCUUGACAUGGGAUCUGUCGAUCAAAGUCAGUACCAUCCAAAUAGCGUUGGAGAAGUACUCAGGGAAGUGCCGCUCGCUAAGAUGAUGAUCACUAUACGUGAUUGUUCGGCAUGUUGGAGCAAGGGCUCCGAAAUGGCAAUAUCAGAAAUUAAUCUUACAAUCCUAAAAGGAAGCCUCGCAAUGGUGAUUGGACCCAUUGGAAGUGGGAAAUCAACUUUACUGAAGGUUAUACUUGGUGAGAUGCCUCACACCACAGGAACGGUAAUCGUAGGCAGGUCUGAAGCUGCUUUUUGUGGACAGUCGCCGUGGUUGACAAACGUCAGUGUCAGGAACAAUAUCAUUGGUGUGUCUUACCUCGAUGCAAAUUGGUACAAUACAGUAGUGAAUGCUUGUGCCUUGGAUCGAGAUUUCGAGCAACUUCCAGAUGGCGACAAUACCGUCAUUGGUAGUAAAGGUGUUUUAUUGAGUGGAGGACAGAAAAGUCGUCUUGCUUUAGCAAGAGCACUUUACGCAAGGAAUGAUCUUGUGAUUCUAGAUGACGUAUUCAGCGGGCUAGAUGCAAAAACUGAACAACGUGUGUUUGAAUCGGUUUUGGGAUCUCAUGGCAUACUGAGACAAGGAGGUACGACAACAGUCCUUGCUACAAACUCAGUUCGCAAUAUCUCGCUGGCAGAUCAUAUUGUUGUAAUGGGAUCAGAUGGCAAAAUUACCGAUCAAGGUACAUAUCAAAACUUGGUCUUUGCAAGUAGCUAUCUCGAGAGCCUUGGCACCCGACAGAAGACGCUCAACAUAAGCGAUUCGGAGAAAUCUAAAGACGAUACAGUCUCAGGUCUAGCUGUUGCAAGUGCUAUGCAUCAGCCCGUUGACAGUGAUAACAGGGGAGAUAAAGAUCUGACCAUCUAUAAGUAUUACAUCGACACAGUGGGGUGGGUAACGUGGUGGGUGUUUGUAUUGCUUUGCUCUGGCUUCGUUUUUGGCUUGGUGUUUCCACAAAUUUGGAUUCAGUUCUGGACAGAAGCAAAUGCAAGACAAGCUAACUAUCGACUUGCGUACUAUUUAUCGCUGUACGCACUUUGGCCGUUGAUGGCUAUUGUAAUAUUCCUUGGAGCUUGCGCGUGGCUGAUGAUCAGGAUGGUGUCAAAGGCUGCCAUUCAGUUCCAUGGAAUCCUUCUGAAUUCCGCCCUAAGUGCUCCCCUGGUUUAUUUCUCUACAACAGACAGUGGUGAAGUGUCGAACAGAUUCACUCAAGACCUAAAUCUUAUUGACAUGGAACUCCCGACAGCCCUCAUUGGUACCACCGUCACAUUUUUGUCGUGCAUCGCCCAGAUUGGAGUUAUCAUCUACGGCUCAAGUUACGUAGCCGCUGCAAUUCCUGCACUGAUAGUCUUCCUUUACUAUAUUCAAUUGUUCUAUUUGAGGACGUCACGGCAGUUGAGACUUUUGGAGCUAGAAGCAAAAGCACCACUUCUAUCACACUUUAUGGAAUCUAUCCAUGGCUUGGUCACCAUCCGCGCGUUUGGCUGGACUGAAAAGUUUACCCAUCAGAAUCAUGAUCUGCUUGAAAGAUCCCAACGUCCUUUUUACCUUUUAUAUUGCGCCCAGCGAUGGCUCAAUCUGACGUUGGAAUUGGCCGUUGCUUUCCUUGCCAUCAUUUUGGUCAGUAUAGCCUUGACAACCAGAGAAUCAUCCGGUGCGAAGAUUGGUGUUGCAUUGCUCAGCAUUGUAGGAUUUGGACUUAACUUGAAGACCCUGGUAUACACCUGGACAUCAUUGGAAAUUGCGAUGGGUGCUGUCUCCCGAAUACGACACUUCGCAAUUAACACGAGCUCUGAAGAUCUGCCUGGUGAAGACAGAACUUUACCACCAGACUGGCCGCACGAAGGUGUGAUAAGAUUCCAAAGUGUAUCCGCAGCCUAUUCGCCUACUUCUCAUCCUGUACUCAAUGAUCUUUCAUUUACUGUCAAGGCCGGCACAAAAGUUGCCAUCUGUGGUAGAACAGGGAGUGGCAAGAGUUCAACGCUUGCGGCCUUGCUAAGACUGAUCGACUUACGAAGUGGGGCAAUCACAAUUGAUGGAAUAGACAUAUCUACAGUUGUGCGACAGGACCUCAGGUCAAAACUCAUCACACUACCACAGGAACCUUUCUAUUAUCAUGCCUCUAUUCGAGACAAUCUCGAUGUCAGGGGCCAGUUCUCUACCGAAGAGCUUCUCGACAUCCUCGAGGUCGUUGGAAUGCGGGAGGUGAUCGACAAGAAAGGUGGCUUGGAUGCCAUGGCGAAUGCAGACGUGCUAUCUCACGGCCAAUCGCAGCUUCUUUGUCUGGCUCGUGCAAUACUGCGUCCGAAUAAGAUACUCAUCUUAGAUGAAGCAACAAGCAGUGUUGAUAAGAAGACCGAGGAAAAGAUGGUUGAUAUUAUCAGAGAAAAAUUCCAGGAUCGAACCGUGAUUAGUGUUGCUCACAAUUUGAACACCAUUAUGGACUACGACGAGGUCAUCGUGCUCGAAGCAGGACGUAUUAUCGAGCAGGGAAAGCCAUUGGCACUCGCUCUUGAGCCAUCAUUUUUUGCAUCUCUCCUGAAGGCUGCUGAUGGCGAGUCUGAAGAUGCCUUAGAAGAAGAGACUAUCUCCAAUAUAGCCUCCCCUCGCUCUAGGUAG